AUGCUCAAUAAUGUGGCCCUCACUACACUCCUUGCCAACCCUUUGAUGACAUUGGAUCCCGAUGAGGACUUUAUUGACCACCUAUCCACCACCAAUCCACAAAUUGGUUGGGAGAAUGUAUUGCAAGAAUACGUUACAAUCAAUGCCAUUGAACAACUGGAUAUCUCUGUGGACCUUUUAUUCUCGAUCCAGCAUCCAGACAAACUGCGGAAGUUGAUCUCCAUUUCUAGGGUUGUUGGCAUCCCAACAGAUUCCUUUAUCGAGAAUAGGAUGAGAUCGGAUUGGAUCGACAAACCAUACGCAAUGGAGAUGAUCGGAUUGUUUGAGCAAGUACGUCCAGAUAUCCCCUCUAAAGUCUGGAACAAGCAUCUUGGCCAAGCCAUCAAGAGUGGUUUGCUGGAGAUUGCUCAACGUAUCUCCACUAUUUGCAAACCUACAGACACAUACACCUCCUUGUCACAUGUGCUGCAACUGGUCAUUUGGACAUGCUCAAGUUGGUCAUCUCAUUCAACCCGAAGAGCUUUCGAGAAACUUCUUUUCUUUUGA